AUGUCUUCCCCUCAGGAACGCCCCACCCUCCCCAGCAUCCGCGAAAUGCUGCCAGACCACCGAUUUGAGAGCGCCAGGCAGGCGUCGUCGAACAAUCUGCAUCAAGUCCCGCCUCCGUUGAGGGUUCCGCCCACUUCAAGCCACCGCGGCACUCGACACUCGCGCUCCAUGUCUUCACCACAAACAGCCCACCCCCUCUCCCCUCUUCCCUUGAAAGCUGCAUGCUCUCUCGGGUCCGAGUACCGCGUGACCCCCGCGGGUUCGAGCGCGGCCCCGCGAGGGCCAACCUCAAUGUCCCAGUCUCCUCGUAAGGAGUCUUCCUCUCUCAUCGCCGGGAAUGUCUUCCAGGACCACAUCCGCGGAACCGCCAUCUCGCACCCAUUCCCGUACGACUCUACGGGCACCCGCGGGACCCCGUCGCAGCGCGCGCUCCGGAACCACCCAUCCUACGUCGUGCCCGCCGACGAAUGUCCCCCCGGCGACGACCGCAGGCACGGAUGCGGUAUCUGCCACCGACGCUUCAACCGACCCAGCAGCCUCUUGAUCCACAUGAACUCCCACACGGGUGCGCAGCCGUUCGAUUGCCCGUUCCCGGGCUGCACACGCCGCUUCAGUGUCAACUCGAACAUGCGCCGGCACUACCGCAACCAUCGCGAGGACGCCCUUGCCGGCCCCGCCGCCCAGCUUAGAAUCUCCCCGCGCAUGCAGUACCGCAACCCGUACCCGCCCCCGCCGUACCACGCGCCGAGCGUGUCGCCCUCUGCCUCCUCCGCCUACUCGUCCUUCACCGAGGGCAGCGACGACCACUCCGACACCGUCAUGGCCCACCUCGACGUCCCGCGGAGCCCAACGCUGUCAUGCUCGUCGCCCCCCAGCCGCGCGCGCUCUCACUCGGACACGCACCCCGCGCUUCGCGUCGCGCCGGCUGUCAUACCGCGCCGCCGCUCGUGCACGGUGCCCGGGUGCGACUGCGACGAGACCCCGGGCACGCUGCGCCCAGCGGCGUUCCACGAGCGUCCGCCAUCGAUUACUGGGUACGCGCGGCGGCGCUGA